AUGGAGCCGGAACCACCUUCGAUGCCACGGCGUAGGACUAAACGUGUUUCAGUCCAGCACACACAGGAACGUGUCCGCAAUUAUCAGCGUCGGCAUCGAGCUCGUCAGAAAGAUUACGUCGCAUCGCUGGAACAAAAGCUCAUUGAAGCGGAACGAACUAUCUUGACCCUCAGGAAUCAGGUGGAGGCCCUGCAAACGCCGUCGACACGACGCUGCUACCAGACGCAUGAUCAAGAUAAGAAUCAGGAUGACACUGUCCACGCUUUUGAGCCAUACAGUGCCGUCUCUAAUACGUGGGAUCUCAGAGUUUGGGAUUCGCACGUCCUAGCUCCUACUGAGCCAUUGGUUUCUAGUAAUCAACUUGGAUCGGAAGUAAAUGAACCCAUAUCUGUAUCGCCUAUUCUCAUAGCUCAAGCAUUGGAGCUUGAAACCGAGCCUCUUCAGGGCACAAGGCAUACCUCGGACCAGGCCGCUGCAGAGCCUAAAAGUCUGCUGCCCUUACAAAACCACAUGCCAAGACUGACGGCAACCUGUUGCUCCAAUGAUCUUGAAACGGAUUUACAACCGACAGUCAAAACAAAAGACCGCGAGGGCAUCGUUCCGGGUCAGGACACCCCUCUCGUAAUGCCUGGAUACCCACAAGAGAUAGAGACCUGCCAACAAGCAUGGCCUUACGAGUCCACAAUUCCUUGCUCCGAGGCAUAUAUUCUCAUCACACAGCAAAACUUCAAAGGCAUAGAUCAAGGAGACGUUGCAGCAUGGCUAUGGAAUGGCUUCCGCAGGCCACAUCAGCCUGGCGAGGGAUGUCGCAUUCAAACAGAUUUACUGUUUAGUCUCCUGGUGUUCAUUAGCGAGACAUCAUUCGAAGUUCCGGCAAUUUGGAGGAUCAUCGAGAACCAAAUAUGCAAUCAGUUACCAUACUUAGGCCAGGGAACGGUAACUAAUCUCACAAUACACCAUGAACGUAUCGCGAUACGUUAA